GGUCCGGCCUCAGUGCCCGCGACUGAGAAAUGGGCGUAACCAUGAGGGCUGCCUGCAAGAGGUCCGGGAAGGAGCAGGAGGAAGAGCAGGAGGAGGAGGAGGCAGCGGGCGCUGGGCGUCUUGCAGGGGCCCAGGAGGCCGAGGAGGGUUCGCGCGUUGAUUCAGACUCCGACCAGGAGAUGGAAGGCAUCUGUGAGCCUGGAGAACUGGUCAAGGACCCCCUCUACCUGAGGUCCUGCCAGGCCCAUAGUGUUGUGCCCGCCUCCUGCUUUCUGCGUCAAGGGAGCGCCCCAGAGCUGAACCUGCGGCAUCGUGGCCUGGGGCCCCAG